CGGUAUGACUGACCUCUCUUGUCUGUAUCCUUCACUUUUAUGCACUGAAGCUGCAAAAACAUCUUAUGACGAAGACACAACGUCUGUUUCAUCUGGUUUAAGCCCUCCGGGCUCUCCAGUCGAUCUACAAAACUCGCUGGAUCAUGUGAAACGGCCGAUGAAUGCAUUUAUGGUUUGGAGCAGAGGACAGAGAAGGAAAAUGGCACAGGAUAAUCCAAAAAUGCACAAUUCCGAAAUAAGUAAACGGUUGGGUGCAGAAUGGAAACAGCUAUCAGAGCAGGAAAAACGACCAUUUAUUGAUGAAGCAAAACGGCUCAGAGCUUUACAUAUGAAGGAGCACCCAGACUACAAAUACCGUCCACGAAGAAAGCCAAAAUCCUCCAAUCUGAAGCAACAACCUCGUUUGAACAUCGCCAUGCCAACCAUCCCGCCACAAUCACUUUUCAACUAUUCCACAGCAUUCGACUCAUUGAAAACCCAUGACCUCUCCCAAUACUACUCAUCAUUCUUCCAAUCGCCCGUAUUAUCCGGCUCAACCUAUGCUCCAUACAAUAUGAUGGCUGCUUAUGCGAGACAAGCUGCAGCCGUGGCUGCUGCAAGUCAAGUGUCGGCUUCAACAACGCCAACAGCUCCUGCCACGUAACUUGCUGAAUUGUCAUGUUUGCUCAAUACCAUGCUUCACCUUCAAUGAGCAGAAUCUCCCUACAAAUGCCAUACAGACAAAUUGAUUCUAAUUUUUCGAUAAUUUUGAUUCGAAUGUGCUAUGUGCAACCUACCUGUACUUUUCUAUUUUGCUGUAUCUUCCAUAAAUGAAAUAUAAAAUUUUGUGAA